AUGUUGCAACGUCCAACUUUAUACCGUCUACAGGCCUUCCUGGAUGUAACUCCACAAAAGGGACAAGAUCUACUAGACAAUUCCUUAUUUGUUCUUGAUAGUAUUACCUGCAAUGAUGUGUUAGGAACGAUGCCAUCUCUUGGCGGUGCCAAUUUCCACCGGAUGGAAGGACUUCCACUCUUUGGAAUGGCCCAACCGAACCAAAAUGGAAUUCAAAAACUUUUUGAACAUAUGACCAAAGAGCGAAAGUAUUCACACGUGUUUUUUAUUAACCUGCGUAAUAACCUUUGCACUUUCAUAAAAAAUGAAGCCUACUACUUGUCAUGCAAAAGUGAAAGUCUUAAACCAAGGCUCCACCACCCAGACGACACACAUUUUGAGGACAUCGAAUCUUCCCUGUCUGCUAGCAUAACUCAGAUGCCUAUCAUGCUGAUCAAAGACUUGAAGAAAGAACCUGAAAAAAUUGAUGCUACAAUGGUGUUCACAACAAAGGAAGUCUUUCAAAUGGCUGAAGAGAAAUUCCAUAACAUGUCAUAUUUUCGAGUUCCUCUUCCUUCUGAUUAUGCAGUAAAUGAAAAUGUCUUGGAUGAUUUGAUGGGGAUGCUGACAGAUGCAGAAAGUCAAUUCAGAAACUCCAGUCAAGAUCUGAAACACCAGCGUAGCAGCACAAACAGCGGCAGUUUCUUAUUGCCUUCCCAAAAAUCCGGUGCUGAGAUUCUUUACAAAAGAAGAUCAAGUAACAGCAGCAACAUGCAGUCGAGGGGUUCCAGUGAAUGUGCAGUCACCACUGUCCCUUUCAACCCUGUUUAUUGUUUCUUCUGCUCAAAUGGUAUUGAACGAUCGACUUUUGCCAUGGCUGCAUCAGCCCUUUUCAUGUAUAACAAAUCAGGAUAUCCGCCAGGUACUCGGCCAGGAGAGCAAGAACGAGUAUCCAUUGCCAAUGCUGAAUAUACGAUGGGGAAAUUUUUAGCCGUGAAGCACAUAGUAAUGAUUCUGCCUGAUGGAUAUCAAGUGAAACGAGAGGUGGAUUUUGUGCUUGACAAACUGUUUGAGAUGAUGAGUACAACACACUUCCAUCUUCGAGAAAUGAUUUUGGUUACCUACAACCAGGCACAAAAAAGUACUUCACAGAAAGCUCAGAGGGAACUUUACAUACAAAGCCUUUUGCUAUUGGAACGUUACAUUUACUUAAUACUCUUCAAUGGUUAUCUGCACACAGAAAAGAAACCACGUCGAAAAACAUUUCGACAGUGGAUGGAAAAGGAUUGCAAACGUGCCGGUGUGUACAGAUUGCUGAAUGACCUUGCGUUCCACGACUUCCAGACUGAAAUAUGUACACUAAGCACGCUCCGUGAACGUUGGCGGGAACUCAACAAAUUAGAAGAUGGAGAGUUUGUGUAA